AUGGAGGAGCAGAGCGGAGCUGCACCACCUCCACCUCAACACCGGCCUCCGCCGAGACAACAGACUCCCCCGCCACCACCACCAGGGCAGCGGCCAGCGACACCACCGCCACCGUCCGAGAUCAGACCACCGUCCCCAACGCCGCCGCCAGGAGGCUCAAAGGCCGGGGACGGCCCCCAGAGGUGGUACGGCAGGCCGCAAUCUUCAAAUGCUCCAGCUGGGGGAUCCGACCCCCAGCCAGCGUCGGGACCUUCGGCACCGACCCCAGCAGGUCCCCCGCCCGAAGCAGCUCCAGAAGCUUCCGGACCCUUAGGCCCGGAGCUGGAUGCCUCCACCCCGCCACGACCUGAAGCUGCCCCCCAGGAGGAGGCCACCAAGGCCGCUGCUGCUAUGGAGGCAGCGGCUGAGGGGGCCGCUGCCACGGCGGAGGCUGCAGCGCCGGAGGCAGCAGAGAUGGCGGCUCCGGAGGUAGCGGAAGAGGCGGAGGAGGCGGCACCAGGGGUCACCGAAGUUGGCUGCAGCGUCUCCCCACCGGCAGGGGAGGAGGAACCGGAGGUGGUGCUAGGGAGACGCCUCCUCCCAAGCACCGCGGAGCUGGAGGCAGAACGCCACCGACUCUCCGACUGGGAGGUUCGCCUGGGUGACCGCAUCAACUCCGUCUCUGCCCGCUACACCGAGGAGCGCGCCCAGCUCGUGCAUGGGCGCGAGUUUCUGCAGGAGGAGCUGGAGCAAACCCGCGUCCGAGAGGCGGCGGCGCUCCAGCGGGAGAAAGCGGCCAGGCGGCGGGAAACGGAAGCCCUUGAGGGGCUGAUCGCCGUGGAGGAGAUGAAGCAGGUGGUGGCAGACAGGGAGCGGACCGCCCGGGAGCUGGCAGCACAGGCUAGGAAGGCGUCUGCGGCGGUCGAGCCGGAAAAGGCCGCCCUUGCGGAUCUGGCGGCGGCGGUAGCAAAGAGAGAAGAGGGGCUUGCCGCCCGAGAAGCAGGGGAGGCGACCCGGCUCCAAGAGCUCCAGAAGCGAGAAGAGGCCGUGGAGGAGAAACUGGCCGCCGGGACCCGAAGGCACCAGGAGUGGGAGGCAGCCCUUCGGGAGAGGGAGGCCGAGGUGAAGGAACUCCUGGCGGAGCGGGGCGCCAGCCCGGACCGGCUAGCAAGAUGGGUCGGCGCGGUGAACCCUCUGCUGGAAGCACUCGGAGCCAACCCCGUCUGGGUACCGGAGGCUCUUUCACCACUCGGCGCCGCACUCCAGCUGUUGGACUCCACCGCCAGACGGCUACAGGACGUGGAGGCCGGCAUACAGGACCUCCUGGAGACAGAGGGACGAGCAGUUGCUCGGGGGGUGGCAGAGUGGACUGGAUCCUUCAACUUGAGCUGGGGGCCCGUCGGCCCCCAUGCUGCUUAG